UCACCGGCACAACCCCCCUUUUCUCUCUCUCUCUCUCUCUUCGUACUCUCCCCAGUGGCAGCGCUGCUGCUCAUGGCAGCACCUGCAACUUUUGCAGUCUUUCUCUCUCUGCGUUUAAUCACAGAGGAUUAAAGACCAAAUUCAAUCAAAAGAUGUGAUUUGAUGUAAUUAUGCAAAUAAAACUAUUGCUUUUAGAGAGAGAAACUGAAACAGAAAAAAAGAGGACGAUGUGUGGUUUAAUUGAUCUCAACACUGUUAACGACGAGUUAUCGACGUCGUUAGGUGCUGAUUCUCAGUCGUCGCCGUCGUCGUCUUCGAAUGGUUCAGGUUCAGGUUCCGGUACGGCGGAUUUGUUGUCGUCGUCUCCUUCUAAACCGGUGGUUUCUGGUUCUACUCCGGUGGUGUGUUGUUUGGAGUUAUGGCAUGCUUGUGCAGGACCUUUGAUAUCUUUGCCGAAAAAAGGGAACGCCGUCGUGUACUGCCCUCAAGGCCACCUUGAACAACUACAAUUCGCCGGCGAUUGUUUAACUUCCGGCGACUUUAAUCUUCCUCCUCACGUGUUUUGCCGCGUUUCUGACGUCAAACUUCAUGCUGAAUCAGGAACUGAUGAUGUUUAUGCCCAAGUUUCAUUGAUUCCAGAUCCUCAGCUGGAGCAGAAAUGGCGUAAAGGUGGACGUGGAGUAGAAUAUGUAGAAGACGAUAAUGGAGUGGCGGAGAAGUCCACGACGCUGCAUAUGUUCUGCAAGUCGCUAACCGCCUCCGAUACUAGCACGCAUGGAGGAUUUUCCGUUCCACGAAGGGCUGCCGAAGACUGCUUUCCGCCCCUGGAUUAUAAACAACAAAGGCCUUCGCAAGAGCUUGUGGCUAAAGAUCUUCACGGGACCGAGUGGAAAUUCCGACAUAUCUACCGAGGACAGCCUCGGAGGCAUUUGCUUACUACCGGUUGGAGCGCGUUUGUAAACAAGAAGAAGCUCGUGUGUGGAGAUGCAGUUCUUUUUCUCAGGGGUGACGAUGGAGUGCUACGGUUGGGGAUCCGAAGAGCUUCCCAAGUGAAGGUUGCCUCUAGUUUACCGGCAUUUUGUAGUCAGCAAUUGAACGAUUUUGCCACCGUGGUCAAUUCCAUCUCUCGGAGAAGCGUAUUCAGUGUUUACUACAAUCCAAGGCAUCUAAGUUUCGCUUUUGAUUUUGCCGUUCAAACGGGUGGCUCAUCGGAGUUCAUUGUGCCAUACAAUCGGUUUCUCAAGAGCCUUGCUAAUUCGUUCUCGCCCGGAAUGAGGUUCAAAAUGCGGUUCGAAACAGAAGAUGCAGGAGAUAGAAGCAGGUCUACGGGAAUCAUAACCGGGAUCAACGAUAUCAAUCCGGUACGGUGGCCUGGAUCGAAAUGGAGGUGCCUCAUGGUAAGGUGGGAUUGUGUGGAAGUUACGAUGCAAAAUCGAGUUUCUCCGUGGGAGAUCGAGCGAUGUGGUUUGGUUUCAGAAGUUGGAAGCUUUGUAACGCCUCUAACGAAGAGGUCACGGACCGGUUUUCCUUCGCUUAAAUCCGAUUUUCCCGUUCUCAAAGAUCGGACAACUUCAGACUUCGGGGAAUCUAUGCGAUUCCACAAGGUCUUGCAAGGUCAAGAAAUUUAUGGUUUUUACCGUUCUUCGGAAAUCAACGAUGUCAGAAACGUAGGCUUUGGGGAGUCUUUAAGAUUCAAUCGGGUCUUGCAAGGUCAAGAAAUAAUGUCGAACACACAAUUUGGCGAAAGAAUACCGAGUUCCGGAAAUUUAUGGACUCACCCGUCGACAUUCUUACAUCCAUUGUCGUCAUCAUCUUCGCCUUCAUCGGUUUUACGGUUUCCGCAAUCAAUCAGUCAAGGUCCUAACGAUUAUCCUGCGCAUUACACUGAUAAUCUAAAACCGUUAAACCGUCAAAUCCAUCAAGAUUUCUUUAGCCCUUUGAAAGGACGGCAGGAAGAACCAGUUUCAACGGUUAGAAACAGUUGCCGACUCUUUGGCUUCUCGUUGACCGAGGGAAGUAACGGUACAAAAGCUUCUCAUUGUCCAAAUGGCGACGAUCGAGUGAUUCCAAAAGGGCCGAUCGUGAACACGAAAGUAGGAGGGAGUUGCACCAAUGAGAGGGUUCAUCAAUGGUGUCGAUCGACCGAUGGAUGUUUACAAGGAUUGUGAAGAACGAUUCGAUGCUUUUCCAUAUUGAGAUCGAAAUGUUAGUGUUUUGUGUAUGUGGUUUUGCAGGGAAGAUUGGAGAUGUGUUUGUAGCAUGGUUGACUUUUUGUGGAGGUUUGACUUUGUAGUAGAAGUGUAUUGUGUUGUUUGUUUAAAGAAAGCUUAACCUAAAAAACAAUGGGUUUGAGCCUCUAAUGUAAUCUACUUUAAUUUUGUGUAUUUCAAGUGUAUACGGUUAACGA